AUGAACCUUUCCAACUCCAACUCGAGUGAAGCCGGCCGUGCAGGUCGGGAGCAGAUGCAGCAGUUCCAUCUUCCGCCAUCAAAUCCACAGCUCAUCUCCAAGAUCCCUAAGAUCUUGCCCCACGAGCGCGUCUUUCCCAUCCAGAUAGGGUCGGAGCUGUUCAAGCUCUCGGGCGCCUCACUCUCGUCUGAUGGUGCUCCAUCUUAUUUUUCUCGGUAUUUUCAGUGUCAGAUCAAGCAGGCCGAAGAGUCUGGCGCGGACUUGUCCACUGCCAUUCGAACCCUCUACAUUGACAGAGACCCCGGCACUUUCAGAGACAUCUCCCUCCAUCUACAGGGUUACCAUAUCACCCCCCGCGAUGGAACGCACUUCGUGCGCCUCUUCGCGGAUGCCCAGUUUUAUACUCUGCCCAAGCUGAUGUCCCAGCUCUACGAAGACCAUAUCUUCAUUUCCAUCGGGCAUCGCGAGUUCCAGAUCCCUCGCGACAUGUUCAACGGGCCGGGAAACACGCCCAACUUCUUCUCUCUCGGAUUCGGCGUUUUCUUCUCCUCGCCCGAGGACCUCUUCCCUGGGCUCGAUCGCGAAGACCUGAUCCGUCCGCCCUCUAUUAUGCCGCCAUCCGUCCCCAACCGCUCUGCUGACAUAUUUGCCGAGCUUUUGCACCUCUUGCGGGGUUAUCCGGUUCACAUUCGUGAUGCAGAUCAUCGCGCGUCUCUUUUACGUGACUGUCGCUAUUUCAACUUCAAGGGCCUGGAGCAGAAGCUGAUCCCGCACCACAUAAGCUAUAACCAGGUUCGCCGACGACAAGAAAUUGCCCUCAGACUCGAGGACAUCCUCAAGUCCGGCAUCUUGAUAGCUGCCGACACCUCGUCGAUGACUUUGAGUGGCGGCGGGGCAGACACAUUUUCAGGAUGGGUCAACUAUAUGAGACCCUUUGAGGAUGAUAAGCAGUACGAACUUGUGCUUGAGAUUGGCGGCGAAAAUACCAAAAUCCAUCUGGACGCUGGGCGUGCAGAGUUCUUCGGCCAAGUCAAAGCGCGCGUUGCGAGGCUCUUCGAGGUCGUUGCCACGAAACUCAGUCUCCCUCCAACAACCCAGCCGCCAACACCAGGAAAUUACCCGUUGAGUGAUGAUCUCGUUCGAAUAGUCAUUGACUCCGAAACACAUAUCAUGCUUGAUGGGAAGCCAUACACCAAGAACUUCGGUGUCGAUGAUCUAGCUGCCGCCAUGUCCUCCUCUUCCUCAAUCGGAAAUGACGAUCAGGAUUCUCCGAGACCAAGCAUAGGCGGAUACUUCGGCCGGUCACGGAAGAGAAGGAGAGUAGACGCCUCGGGUCAUACGGCAGAGGAAUGGAUCGUCCGCACGGGACAGUGGAGGCUACGGAUACAAGGGUCAAAGAACGGCAAGAGUGCUAUAGAGUGCGUACUCGUGGCCGUCAAGCUGGAUGCCUUCAGUACCGAGCAGGCACGCAACUCGCAACGAGGCUUCUUGCUAGGAUAG